CCCAAUAUGCCGGAGGUUAGUGUUUGGCACCGGUGCGCGGUGAUACUGUGCCUUGUGCUACUGAGCGGUGCCUCCCAGGAGCCCCAGCAGCCCGGGCCGCGCCAGAAGCCUGUCAGACUCUUCACUGAGGAUGAUUUAGCCACCUACAAUGGGGAGAAGGAUGAGCAGCCAAUCUAUAUGGCAGUAAAAGGAACUGUAUUCGACGUGUCUGCUGGGAAAGAGUUUUAUGGAAAAGGAGCCUCAUACAAUGCCCUUGCAGGAAAGGACUCAACGCGGGCAGUCGCCAAGAUGUCACUGGAUCCAGCGGACCUUACUUAUGAUACAGCAGGACUUACGGAAGAAGAGCUGAAGUCUUUGGAUGAUAUUUUUGAGAAUGUGUACAAGAGGAAAUACCCGAUCGUUGGCUACACAGCACGGCGCAUACUGAACGAAGACGGGAGCCCCAAUCCCAACUUUAAACCAGACGAUCAGCCGCAGUUCAGUAUUAAAGAUGAGUUUUGAUACCAAGGAGAAUAGACUUAUAGAGAGGUGGGAACUGAGCAGCGGCCUUGGGCAGAGCAGCACAGUUUGAGAUCUGUCUCCCAUGCUGCAGCAUUACUGAUGUGUGACUUUAUGGGUUUUAGAUUUAGGGUUUUAUUUUAGGUUUUGGUAUUUAGUAAAAAGGCAAUGCAAUGUCCCCUGCUCAGGAUAACAGACUUGUAACAAAACACUCCUAUAGCACUAGCACCACUAUUUCUGAUUGUUUUAUAUGUCUUUUUAUAUUUACAAUAUUAAUACAAAGAACACUCAUUAUUGGGGAGCUGACAGUAAGUGCAUAAGGUGCUUCAUAAAAUAGCACCCUGUUCGUUAUUACUCACUUGCAUUUGUUUUUUCCCCAUAAAGGGGAUGAGAGGUCAAUCCACUAAAUUUAGUUCCCACUACAUGGAUAAGAGUGUGCAACUGGAGACCAAUUGGACUUCACCAUUAACUGUUGUGAGCCUAAAACAAUUCCUGAAAUACAGUAGAACCCCCAUUUAAAGUUUUUCAGGGGACCAGAAAAAAAUGGUGCAAAGUCCGGGAAAAUGUAAAAUCAGGGAAGUUUAUUAUGUGUUAUAUAUUAGUGGGACCACAAAACAAUGGUGUAAAAUGCAGGAAAACUAAAAAUCAGGGGAUGUAAAAUUGAGGUUUCACUGUAUUUACAUUUUUAUAGAAAGAGGGAGCUUCUUUAUGGGUAGCUACCGUGGCAUUGCUUCUAUAGGUCCGCACAACCAGUGUUUGGCCACUAGGUGGCAAUGGUGUUCUUUCUAACUAGCCCAGGGCUGUCCAACUGGAGGAUCAAGAUUCCUGUUACUAAUAAAGAGGGUAAAUUAUAUGGAUUUGUACAGCGAAUGUGGGCAGAUAGGGAUGAAUGCACUGUGGGAGUUUUUACUCCUAUAUAUGGUGCAAAUGAAUCCAUAAAUCUAUAACCAGGACCGUACAAGUGUUUCUGUAUGAGGAUCUAUGGAUCACGUGGGUGAGUAGGGGGUAGGAAAAAUCUCUUCUCCAUGCACAAAGUUUGCCCCUGGGUGCAGUAACCCAUAUGAAUAAAAGGUGACAAUUGAA